AUGAAACCGGUCCAGUUGCCGGAAGCCACGUCAGGUUUUCUCGAGGUGCCCGAUGUUGUCGGGCAGCGGCGGUUUAGACAGCUGCUAAGCGUCGGCGAUGGGGAAGGUGGGGAGAGCGGGGAGGGUAGGGAGAUCGGGGAGGGCAGGGAGGGCGGAGAGGGCGGCGAGGGCGGGGAGGGCGGGGAGGAGAAGGGCGGGGAGGGCGGGGCUGUGUUGGAAGGAGGGGCAGGGUUCUUAGAGCAGCAGGCAGCGGAUCAGCGGCGCCAGGAGCAGCUGCAACAGCGGGAGCAGGAAGGGUCUAGUUCUGUGCUUGAAAUGGUGGUAAGCUCAACAGUCGAAUCGUCGUCAAGCAACGUUCCUACUACCACGAGUAACGGGCCCGCCAUUAGCGAAUACAAUCUCUUCGUGGACUCCCCCGAGAUACAGCGCGAGCUGCGCGCAGUUGAAGAGCGCAGCAGCAUUCCCUGGGCCUCCCUGCCCGCCGCUUGGUGGGGAGACGCUGCGCCAUGGCCGAAACUACAAGGAGGUUUCCUCUGGGACGACGGUGGCAACCGUGAGAGCGACAAUAACGGAAGUGACAAUCACGAGAGCGGGAGAAAUAACUCGGAGGCGCUCCGGACCCCCGCCCCCGGCGAUCCCGCCCGCGCGCUCCCCGCUCCCCGUUCCCCCCGCCGAUUCCUGUUCUUCUCUCUGCGCAACGAGGCGUGCGCGGGGGUGGCGCACACGCGCACCAGCCUCGCGUGCCAGCUGUCCGUCGCGCGCGCGCUCCGUCGCACGCUGCUCGUGGACGCGUCCCAAUGCACCGCGCCCGAGCACGUGCGCGCCGCCGGCACGCGCCGGCACGUGCAGCCUCUGUUCGCGUACUUCGACCUGGCGCGCGUGAGCCUUGCGCCCAUGGCUCCGCUGCAGCGGUUCGCACAGGAAAGCGCAGGGUGGGGGGCGCGGAACGGGGACGGGGCGCGGGGAGGGGAAGGAGAGCAGAUAGAGAAUGGGGAGAGUGGGGAGCAUGGCGAGUGGGAACGAACGAGUGAGAUGGGGGAGGAGAUGAACGGGCAGGCGGAGCGCCUAACUGCUGCAAUAGCCCCGGAAUCCGCAACCCUGGAGGACCUGCUUCGGCUAUCCGAGCCUGUGCUGCUGGUUCGGCAAGCAGCCACGGGAUUCGCGGACUGCGAAGACCCCAGGAACGGCGGCCUGGUGGCUUCCGAUUGGUCGGCCAUAGAGUACAGACCGGAGCUGUGGGCGGUAGUGGGGCAGAUUAUAGCGAGUAUGGAUGGAGGGGACUAUGAUGCUGUGCAUGUGAGGCGAGGGGAUAAGGCGAGGGACACGACUCGCUGGCCCAACCUUGCUCGAGACACCUCUGUUGAAGCGCUAGCAGAAAAGCUCCCCCGCCUCAUUCCCCCUGGGAGAUCAGUGUACAUUGCGAGUGAUGAGUCCCCUUCCUUCUUUGAUCCGCUGCGAGCGAACCAGAAGGGGCAAGGGGAGCAAGGGGGGCAAGGGGAGGAAGGGGAUGAAGGGGAGGAAGGGGGGCAACGGGGGCAAGGAGGAGACGAGGCGCAAGGGGGAGAUGAGGGGAAAGGAGCGCAAGGGGGUAAGGGGAAGGGACGGAACGGAGGGGGCGGAGGGGGACUGUACCGAGUGCAUAUGCUGGGGCAAUAUGCGCACCUGUGGGGGGAGGGCAGCGACUGGUGGAGGGCGCAACUGACGCUCAUGGAGGGGCAGGGGGAGGUGGCAUUUGAUUCGUAUAUGGAGGCCAUAGUGGAUUAUUCCGUCUUUGCGGCUGCCCGAAGAAGAGUGGAGACCUUCAAUGACUUGACAGACGAUCCUCGGAAUGGCAUCUCGUGA